AUGGAAGGAAUAAAUAAAACUGCCAAGAUACAAUUUUUCUUUCGCCCUUUCUCCACUGACCCUAAGAUACAGGUACUCAUAUUUGUGGCCUUCCUGGCAAUGUACCUAAUGAGCCUCGGUGGAAAUGCCACAAUCGCAGUCAUUGUCCAGAUCAAUCACUCCCUUCACACUCCCAUGUACUUCUUCCUGGCUAACCUGGCAGUUCUGGAAAUCUUCUACACUUCUUCCAUUGCCCCACUGGCCUUGGCAAACCUUAUUACAAUGGGGAAAACUUCUGUUUCCCUCCCUGGUUGUGGCACACAAAUGUUCUUCUUCGUCUUUUUGGGAGGAGCUGACUGUGUCCUCCUGGCAGUCAUGGCCUACGACCGGUUUAUAGCCAUCUGCUACCCUCUGAGAUACACCCUCCUCAUGAGCUGGCCCUUGUGUGUGGAGCUGAUGGUCGGGUCCCUGGUUCUGGGGUUCUUCCUAUCACUGACUCUAACCGCUGUGAUCUUCCACCUCCCAUUCUGUGAUAACCAUGAGAUAUACCACUUCUACUGUGACAUGCCCGCAGUCAUGCGUCUGACUUGUUCCAACACGCAUAUUCACGAGACUGCCUUAUAUAUCAUCAGCUUCAUUGUCCUCAGCAUCCCCCUCUCGCUCAUCUCUAUCUCCUACGUCUUCAUCGUGGCGGCCAUCCUGCGGAUCCGCUCGGCCGAAGGGCGCCACCGAGCCUUCUCCACCUGCUCUUCUCACCUCUUGGUGGUCCUCCUGCAAUAUGGCUGCACUAGCUUCAUAUACUUGUCCCCCAGUUCCAGCUACUCUCCUGAGAGAGGACGGGUGGUCUCCGUAGUCUACACUUUUAUCACCCCCAUCCUAAACCCCUUGAUCUAUAGUAUGAGAAACAAGGAGCUGAAAGACGCCCUACGGAAGGUACUGAGAAAGUUCUAG